AUGAUUUCCCGGCUCAACAGAUCCUACCAGAUGGCCGGCACAGGUGCUAUUACCGGCCCCGCUCCUGCUGCACCAGCUGUCACUAUGGACGACAGAAUCAUAAGAAUUUACCGCAAUAUUGUCGGCAACUUGGACCUGAGCCCCAGGGUCAUGCGGUCCACGCUAGACAAGGAGUGUGACGACAAACAAAGCAACGAGAGCUACAGGCAAUUGAUGGAACGGAGGCGUGGAAGUGCUUACAGCAACGGAGAGUGGAAAAAACUAAUGGGAUUUUCAUCAAAAAAAUUAGAAACUUCAUAUAAUCCCGACACGCUAGAUGUCACGCCGCUCUUCCUUCUCAUCAAAGAACUUUUUGAUCUUCGCUACGGGGGCACCGCCAGGGAUCCUGCAGCGCUGCUCGCCAAGUUGCGCGCCGUCAAGGAGCUGCGCAACACCGUCAUGCACGACAUAAACAACGCAGUCGACGCGCAGAAAUUCACUGAGUUGACGGCAGCGCUGGUGGAGCUGGUGCGGGAAGCGGGGAGGUUCUAUGCUCUUCCCCAGGCAGAUAUUGAUGCCGAGGUACGAAACCUUGACAACGAAAUUGAAAAAGUGAAAAUAAUGGACAGCCAAAGCAUUUAUUACUGGUGCACGAGGUUGGAAUUAAGCGGAAAACAGGCCGUAAGACUUCUCUGGGAGGCCAAGCUAGAAUAUGAAAAACUUUUGUUGAACGAGGAUACGGUGCAACGUCAGGCCGUGUUCCACGCCAUCGACGUGAAUGUGCGAGAAACCGGCGGAGGGACAACUGUUUCCUACACCGAAAUAUUUAAGGCUCAUGAGAAGGUUAUGGUGGUGACGGGCGUCGCCGGCGCCGGUAAGACAACCCUAGUAAAAAACAUUGUGCUGCAAUUCUUUGACACGCAACAAACACCUCCUGAUUACUUGAGGUCGUUUAACCAACUCAUCUUCUUCGAGUGCAGGAAUCGCACUACACCAACCCUGAGUGACGUCAUCCAGCAGCACUACGAAGACCUGUGCAUUGAACUAUUGAAAGAAAAUGUCCUCAUGGCGCUCCUGCGCCUCGAUGUCUUAUUCAUCAUCGAUGGCUUCGACGAAGUCAACGAAACUUCCAGAAAAGUCGUUGUCGAGAUUAUCGAGAAAACAUGGCGCGCUAACUGCCGUGUGUUGAUCACGAGUCGUCCUCAUGCCGUGGAGAAGCUGGCACCGCUGCUGUUGCGGAACGAUGUCAGCUCUACUAUGUAUGAGAUCCUGCCUCUCACGAAGCUUGCCGACCAACUUGAAUUCUUGAGGCGGUAUGAAGAGUCUUUUAGUGACGGCACUCCGACUGGGGAGAUGACGAACAGCUUUGAGUCGCUUAGUGAAGACGUCAGAAAUCAAUUCACUGAACCAAUUAACUUGGUUCAUUUCUGUGAGAUGUAUAAGCACUUCCCUGAGGCAAUAUCUUCGUGGCAGACGCCCGGGGACGUGGCGCCAUCCGUUCUUCGCUUGUAUAAAAAACUCAUCCUGUCGAAAUUGGCGGAUUCGAACUACAACGCAACUGACGUCUUGAUUGCCGAUCUGCUUGAUGUAAUCGGUCAUGAAGCGUUGGAGUUGCUGCGUGACAACAGCGUAACAUUUUCAGGAGAGGAGCUCCUUGGAUUGAAGAAGAAGUGCCAGGAAAAAAUAGAUGCUAGUGGGAAAUUCGACCCGGAAAUUGUUCUUUCAGUUUUACUGAAGGAGCAAAAGACUCUAUUUAAGGGAGAGGGCAAGAGUUAUGCCUUCCCGCACAAGACGGUGCAAGAGAUCGUCGCUGCAGACCACGUCGUGCAGCUCAUUCUAGUCGGCGACGACUCCCUCGACUGCAUCCUGGGAGCCACGGCAGAGGAAAUACCACGGAGCGUUGAUCGCGACCAGCGCCCACCAGGAGCGCCUGCCGACGCCCGGGAGAUGACGGAGCCUGGCUUGGGGUCGCGACUUCUUAAACGUCUGCGACGUCUCGUGAAGCCGCGACGUCCUUUGGACGUCGCCGUGCAGCCGCGACAUACUUUAGACGUCGCAGUGCAGCCGCGCCGUACUUUGCAGCCGUAA